GGGAACUCCGCGCACACUGGAUCGUCAUUAGGUCAGUGGAGAAGGCGUGCGCCCGUGGAGACGCGCAGUGGACGCAGCAGAGGAGCUGACGGCGCACAAAUCAGCCACUAACCGUUUAGGGUUACAGAGAUGCAGUGUUUCUGAUUCACUCUAGCUAGUUUUGUUUUCCUUUUUAAAACUUUUCAGAGGACUUUGAAAGCUCGAAAAACUUUGGGACAGUCUCUCGCAAAACAAAACGUCAGCGGAUUAUUACUCCUAUUAUUACUUCACCCCUCAAAAUGGGCUUGGGACGAUUUCGCGCAAAGACGCCGGGACCAGCAGCCCUUCUGGUCCGCUCGUUCCUUUGUAUGGUCGGGAUCAUGGUCACCAUUUCUCAGCCUCACUGCGAGGCAUUCAACCUUGAUGUGGAAAACCCAGCUGUUUACAGCGGACCCAACGGGAGCUACUUCGGAUACGCUGUAGACUUUUAUUUGUCUGACUCUGCCAGGGCAAGUGUGUUGAUUGGAGCCCCGAAGGCCAACACAAGUCAGGACAGCGUCACAGAGGGGGGCUCUGUGUUCUACUGUCCGUGGAGCCGCAGCCAAUCAGAUUGUCACAGCAUCGCAUUUGAUACGGAAGGGGAACGCUUCCUGACAAUCAAUGGGACGAGCCACCAGAUUGAUUUCAAAUCCAACCAAUGGUUCGGCGCUACUGUGCGAUCUCAUGGCGACACCAUUCUGGCCUGCGCCCCGCUCUACUCCUGGCGGACUGAGAAGGACGUAGCCCUUUCGGACGCCACGGGAACCUGCUACCUCUCAGUUCACAACUUCACCCACUUUGUGGAGUUUGCCCCAUGUCGGACAGAAUUUGGUGAAGCUGUGGGACAAGGCUACUGUCAGGGAGGAUUCAGUGCUGACUUCACCGGGGAUGGCAAAGUGGUCCUGGGUGGGCCAGGUAGCUAUUUUUGGCAAGGUCAGGUGAUCGCAGCAGCCAAGGAAGACAUCAUCAAAGCUUACUAUCCAGGAUACUUUAUGCAGGCUGUCAAGGGCCAGAUACAGACCAAACAGUUCCUGUUUAACGAUGACAGCUACCAAGGCUACUCUGUUGCUGUUGGGGAAUUCAGCGGCGACCAGGUAGAAGAUUUUGUGGCCGGCGUUCCAAAAGAUCUCAUGCUUUAUGGCUCGGUGUCUAUUUUGAAUGGUACCGAUAUGACGAACAUGAUGAAGUACACCGGUGAACAGAUGGGUUCAUACUUUGGCUACGCCGUGGCAACAACUGAUAUAGACAGUGAUGGGAUGGUUGACCUGCUUGUUGGAGCUCCUUUGCUCAUGGUCCGUGACUCUGACGGCCGUCUUGAGGAGAUGGGGCGGGUUUAUGUCUAUCUACAGCGUGGCCCCUUGAACCUGGAGCUCAGCCAACCUCAUCUGACAGGCACCCAGGUGUUUGGGAGAUUUGGCAGCACCAUUGCACCACUGGGAGACCUGAACCAGGAUGGUUUUAAUGACGUGGCAGUGAGCUGUCCUUUCGGAGGGGAUGAUCGGCAGGGAUUGGUGUACAUCUAUAACGGAUACUCAGAAGGCCUCAGGGAAAAACCCUCUCAAGUGAUCGCGGGCCAGUGGGCAGCUGGAACUGCUCCUGCCAGCUUUGGCUUUGCCCUCAGAGGGGCCAAGGAUCUGGACAUGAACGGAUACCCAGAUCUCAUUGUUGGAGCCUUUGGUGUUGAUAAGGCCAUUCUCUACAGGUCCCGACCCAUAGUCAAAACCAGUGCCUCCCUGACAGUCUACCCCACCAUGAUUAACCCUGAGGAGAAGAACUGCAUGAUCACCAAUGGAAACUCCAGCAUUCCUGUUUCCUGUGUCAACCUGAGUUUCUGCAUUUCUGCUGAGGGGAAGCACUUACCAGACAACUUAGAUUUCCAGGUGGAGGUGCAGCUUGACAGCCAUAAGCACAAGCAGAAGGGUGCUGUGAAGAGAGCUCUGUUCUUGGAUUCCCAGCAGCCAUUGCUGCGUAGGAAACUGAGGGUGCGACACGGCGAGCGGUUGUGCAACCAAACAAAGAUCUACCUAAGAGAUGAGAAGGACUUCAGGGAUAAACUCUCCUCCAUAUUUGUGGCCUUCAACUUCAGCCUGGAUCCGGAAGCUGCCGCCGACUCCCACGGCAUGCGGCCCAUCCUCAACUAUCAGACCACCAGCGUAAUCGAGCAGAAGGCUCAGAUUCUUUUGGACUGUGGAGAAGACAACAUCUGUGUUCCCGACUUGAAGCUCGCUGUUUAUAGCGACAGGAAGGAAGUCUACCUUGGGGAUGACAACUCGCUGACCUUGACGUUCAACGCCAGGAAUGAGGGCGAGGGGGGGGCGUACGAGGCAGAUCUGUACGUGGUGCUGCCCCCCGAGGCCGACUACAGCGGUAUUGCCCGCAAUAAUGAGAGCUUGACCCAGCUGACCUGCAGCUAUGACACAGAGAACCAGACCCGGUUCCUCAGCUGUGAUUUGGGGAACCCAAUGAAGGCUGGAACAAAUCUUUGGGCAGGUCUUCGUUUCACCGUGCCACGGCUGAGGGACACGCACAAAACUGUUCAGUUCGAGCUGCAGAUACGCAGUAAAAAUGAGAAUAAUUCCCAUAGUGAAGUGGCCCCCUACAAGCUGGACGUGGUUGUCCAGGCUGAUGUCAUUCUACAGGGCGUAUCUCGACCAGAUAAGGUCUUCUUUCCACCGGCCAACUGGAAAGUGCCCAAAAACUACGGGGAGGAGCGAGAUGUCGGGCCGGCAGUGGAACACAUUUAUGAGCUUGUGAACAAUGGACCCAGUCAGAUCAGCCACACCCUGCUAGAGCUGCGCUGCCCGCUCCGUGCCCAGACCCGGACCCUCCUCUACCCUCUGGAGUUCUCCACGGAGGGCCCAAUCAACUGCACCUCCGACAAAAAACUGAACCACCUCAACCUCAAACUCCAGCGCACAUCCACAGAGUCCCCCAUUCUGGCCCUGAAGGCCAAUGAGCACCACGUCGACAGGAGGGACGUCCACAAGAAUCCGCUAGCUCAUUUGACGAACCUGUCUUGCUCUAACGUGGAGUGCUGGACACUCCAGUGCAACGUGGGCCUGCUGGAGAAGGGAACCACGGCUAUCCUCACCGUGCGCUCCCGCAUCUGGGCCGAGACCUUCACCGAGAGAGCUUACAAGCAGUAUUUGCUGGAGUGCCUGGCUAGAUACAGUGUGAAGAAGACGCCAUAUGCAAUCCUGCCAAAGAUUUUCCCCAGCGGACACAAAAAGGUGGUGACACCGGUGGUGUGGAACAAGCCGGACAUUGAGAACUCGGUUCCGCUCUGGAUCAUCAUUCUGGCUAUCUUGGCAGGUUUACUGCUCCUAGCUCUCCUUAUCUACGUCCUAUACAGGCUCGGCUUCUUCAAGCGAUCCGUACCUUACGGCACUGCCAUGGAGAAAGCCCAGCUCAAACCACAGGCUGCCUCUGAGGCCUAACAGAGCUGUCAAAACCACGAUAUCUGACCAUAUGAUUGCAACUGAGACACACGGUGGAAACAUGUAGAGUGGAUCAGAUAGCAGGCGAAGAGUUGCAUGAAAGAGAGACUACUGGAACUCCACUGUGCUGCACUAGAGGAUGAAAAAAAAAGCCAAAAAUCUCCAAGCCAAAUGAAUGUUUUUCUUUUUUUUUUAUCUUUAAUUUAUGUCUUUGUU